GGAAGUAAACACAACAGGAGAACAUGGACAGGUCUGGGAGGAGCCAAUCAUGACCAUAACAUUGCUCAUCUCUGACCGUUUCUGACCGAUAAAGAUGCCAGAAUUUUGGUUUGUGUCUUCAUUAUGUUCCGUACUGACUACUGUAAUUCCCUCUUUGUUGGUCACCCUGUAAAAACUAUCCAAAAACUACAGUACAUUCAGGACUCAGCAGCUAGACUUCUCACCCAUAUUAACCCUGGAGAACCCACGGGGUCAAAUUUGGUUCGUGGUUAAUUGCUGCCAUCCAAAAUGAACAAAAAUAAAUAAAAAAAAAUAUAUAACCUCAAAAGCCCAGAGUGCCACUUCCAACCCCUGCAUAGUGACACCUAUGUAGUGAAUAUUGAACUCAGCUGAGUUACAGUGUCAGUGACAAGAUGGCUGCCCACAUGCUGUUUUGUUGAGCUGCAAACCCAGGAAACUAAUUUGGCUUCUCAGCAAAUCAGAGACAGUGACCUGUCCAAUGACUCAUCCAGUGAUGAAGAUGUGCUGUUUGCCAAGACUGCUAGCCCACAGAUGGAGCCAAAUCCAGCCACCAAAACUUACAAGUGGCGGAAGAAAGACUUUGAGUUGCCUGACAUAAACUUUCAAGGUGAACAGGUUAAGUCAUACCAGGAUGCCGCGACAGACACGCCACUGGUUUACUUUCGACGCUUUGUUACCCUUGAUAUGUUGGAAAAUAUUGUGGAGCAUACAAAUCAAUUCAGUGUUCAAAAGCAUGGAAAAUGUGUAGACACUUCAGUGAAGGAGCUAGAACAAGUUCUAGGAAUGUAUCUCAGAAUGGGAUUAGUUCAAAUGUCUGGAGUACAUCAGUACUGGGAAAGUGAAGUACGUUAUGGGCCUGUGGCAGACGUAAUGAGUCUCAACCGAUUCAACCUUCUACUCUCUGUCAUCCACUUUGUAGACAAUGAAACGGCCAGUGAAGAAGUAAAAAAGGAUCGACUUUGGAAAGUGAGACCAUUUUUGGAUUCUUUUCGGAGACAAUGUCUGACUAUAACAGUCCAUCGAUGAGAUGAUGGUGCCGUACAAAGGGAAAUUUGGUGGCAUAAGGCAGUACAUCAAAGGGAAACCACAUCCGUGGGGAUUCAAAGUGUGGGCACGCUGCGAUGUCACUGGUCUCCUGCACGACUUUGACAUAUAUCAGGGAAAAGGUGGUGGCAAUGAACAAAAAAGGAAGUUGGGAGUUGGUGGAGACGUUGUGAUGAAGCUAUGUGAAUCGCUUGCAGAGAAAGUACAUUUCCUGAUUUUAGCUGACAAUUUCUUCACUUCGAUGCCCCUCAUUGAGAAAUUAUUGGCAAAGGGAAUCUACUACACCGGAACUGUGCGAAAAAACCGCAUGUCGAAGUGCAACCUGAUAACAGACAAAGAACUGUCCAAGAUAGGCCGUGGAUCCUAUGAUUACCGAAUCGAGUCCAACACCAACACUGUUUGUUUGAAAUGGCAAGACACUAAAGCAGUCAGUUUGAUGUCAACCUAUGCUGGACCAGAGCCUAUGGGAAAAGCUCGGCGCUGGGACAAGUCCAAAAAGCAGUACAUCAACAUUGAUCAGCCGAACAUCAUCAAGGAGUAUAACACUUCCAUGGGAGUGGAUGCACAUCUUGCACGCUGUAAAUUUUCCAUCAGGACCCGUCGCUGGUACAUGAUACUCUUCUGGCAUUUCUUGUCUGUUGCGGUAAUCAACGCAUGGCUUCUUUACCAGCAUGACUGUGAGGCACAGGGAAUCACUGGAUCAAACAUACUCAAACUUCGCAAGUUUCAGGGUUUGGUAGCUCAGGGCUUGGUUGAAGUUGGAACAGCAAGAAGGUGGGGUAGGCCACCAACUCCUGGCCCCUUCUCCCCGCCACCACCAAGAUUUGUUCGAGUUUAUCAGAGUGCAGAUGUUCGUUUUGACCAAAUCGCCCAUUGGCCUGUCAAGGAGGAAAAUCGCCGUCGAUGUGCUGUGUGCAAGGACCUCAAAACUGAAAUAAACUGUGAAAAAUGCGCAGUUCCUCUCUGCAUCAACAAAAAGAGAAAUUGUUUCAAAGGCUACCGCAAUGUCUAGUGCGAGUUCAUCUCUCUAGCAGAACAUAUUUUUGGAUAAGCAAAGACCCAUUUUGUUAGUUUUUUCCAGUUGUGAUUUUGGCCUUCUGUUCCCAUUUCCAUUGGCCAAAGUGUAUUUGUACAUUUGAAAUUCAGUUCUAAUGUGCAACAAAUAAAGCAAAAAACAUUGUUAAAUGUAUCCGUGAGGUAGACUGAUUGUUUUCUUAAAUUUAAAAUAGUUUGCUUUGACAGUGUUUGUUAUUGCAAUUCAUUGAAGUGAUAGGCCUAAAUCCCAAUGGGUCAAAUUUGACCCUGAUCCUAAAUUAGGGAAUAAAGGGUUAAAACUGAAAAAGUGGAUAUUUUUGUGUUCAGGGAACUUAAAGCAGUCAUUUAAUGCAUAGUUCAUAAUUUUCCAAAAAAGAAAAGGGUUCUUGGGUUCUCCAGGGUUAAGCGUUCAGGUCAUAUCACCCCCAUUCUCUCUCAGCUACACGGGCUACUGGUCCCGUCCCGUAAAAAGCUUAAAAUUUUACUACUCACUUUCAAAGCUUUAUAUAGCCUUACUCCCCCCUACCUCAGAGAAUUGCUGACCUUUUACACUGCCUCUCGCUCUCUCAGGUCUUCUUGCAAUAACUUACUUGCUGU